UCGUAGGGCUUUACACAACAAUACGCAUUUACGACUUCAGAAUCGUAGGGCUUUACACAACAAUACACAUUUACGACUUCAGAAUUGUAGGGCUUUACCCCAGAGGGCCCCCUUCCAAAAAUUCUCAAAGGCCAGGGCCAAACCCAGGCCAAUGAGGGGGUUUGGAAAUAGUUUUCAACCAGCAAUUGACGCGCCUCGGUUAGAACCUCACUAGCUACGUCAUUGCCCCAAGCGCAAAAAUGCUCUUCAAACCCUAAUCUGCCUCUUUAUAGACAAGUCAAUCACAGCACAGUAACUUAUACCUGAACAAUGUGGGACUAGAAAGAAUCAUUUAUCUUCCAUUUUAUACUAUCGGCUCCAUUGACCUAAGAAGUUGGAUUAUGGGAAAUGAUCAAGGUAACUUCUUGUUCAUCGCUCAAGUUCAGAUUCAUAAUUCGCAAUGUCCAGAUUCACACUUACUCAAAAUUGGAUUCACUUGUAUCUACUUUUAUUGCUGCUAUAAAAUCUUGCUCUUCGGUCUUUUCUAGCCGUGCAAUUCAUGCCCAGAUAAUCAAAUCUUUAAAUUAUAGAGAAGGGUUCAUCGGUGAUCAGCUGGUGUCAUGUUUUGUGAAACUGGGUUGUGAAGAAGAAGCAGAGAAGCUGUUUGAUGAAAUGCCGGAUAAAGAUUUGGUCUCCUGGAAUUCUUUGAUUUCAGGUUAUUCACGAAAUGGGCAUGUUUUUAGAUGCUUGAUUGCAUUUAAUAGGAUGAAAUUUGAACAGGUUAUGUGUAAUGAUGUCACGCUUUUAUCUGUAAUAUCAGCUUGUACUGAUAUGAGAGCUCUGGAUGAAGGUAAAUUCAUUCAUGGGAUUGCGCUGAAAUUGGGUUUACUGUGUGAACCAAAAGUUGUAAAUGCGCUUAUUAACUUGUACGGAAGGUGUGGAUAUGUAAGUGAGGCUUGUGGAUUGUUUGAGGCAAUGCGAGGGCAAAGCUUAGUGUCUUGGAAUUCAAUGAUUGGUAUUCAUACUCAGAAUGGAUUUGUGAAAGAAGGGAUGAGACUUUUCAAUCUAAUGAGAAGGGCUGAAAUUAAGCCCGAUCAGGCCACCAUGGUGACAUUACUUAAAGGUUGUGAAGAUUUAGGUAUAGGGAAAUUAGCUGAUACAAUUCAUGGUUUGAUGUUGAGAUGUGGUUUAGUUGCAAGUGUAACGAUUGCAACUGCCCUGUUAAGUUUGUAUUCAAAGUUAGGGAGAUUGUUUGCCUCGCAAGAGGUUUUUGGGGAAAUGAUCAAUCCAGAUAGAGUUGCUUGGACUGCUAUGCUUGCAGCCUAUGCUGUGCACGGUCGUGGAAGAGAAGCUGUUGAGCUCUUUGAGCUGAUGGUGAAGAAAGAUAUGGUGCCCGACAAUGUUACCUUCACUCAUUUGUUAAGUGGUUGUGCUCAUUCAGGUCUUGUCAAUGAGGGGAAGAAUUAUUUUAGGGUUAUGUCUGAAGUGUAUGGGAUAGAACCCAGGUUGGAUCACUAUUCAUGCAUGGUUGAUCUUCUAGGUCGCUCUGGGCUUUUAAGUGAAGCUAAUGAUCUGAUUAAACACAUGCCAAUGGAGCCAAAUUCUGGUGUUUGGGGGGCACUUCUUGGUGCUUGCAGGGUUUAUGGUAAUAUUGAACUUGGAAAGGAAGCUGCAGAUCGAUUAUUUGCUUUAGAUCCAUCAGAUUCUAGAAACUAUAUUAUGCUGUCAAAUAUUUAUUCUGCAGCUGGUUUGUGGAAGGAAGCUUCAAAAGUCAGGGCUCUAAUGAAGAAGAGAGGUCUCAUCAGGAACCCUGGUUGUAGUUUUAUCGAACAUGAUAAUGACAUUCAUCAUUUUGCGGUGGGUGAUCAAUCUCAUGUACAGUCAGAAAAAAUCUAUAAGAAGUUGGAGGAACUGAUUAUGAAGAUUCGGGCAGCUGGUUUUGCUUCAAAAACAGAAUAUGUCCUACAUGAUGUUGAGGAGGAAGUGAAAGAGGAUAUGAUCAAUAAACACAGUGAAAAGUUAGCCAUUGCAUUUGGCCUUUUAGUUACUGAGAUUAGCAUGCCAUUAAUUAUCACAAAAAACUUGCGAAUAUGUGGUGAUUGUCACAGCAUGGCCAAAUUUGUAUCCUUGAUCGAGAAGCGAACUAUCAUAAUCAGAGACUCAAAGCGGUUUCACCAUUUUGCCAAUGGUUUAUGUUCUUGUGGAGAUUACUGGUGACCCUCCUCAUCAUAUCCUAGAGGGGGAUGAAAUUCAUAGCUUAAUUGUCAUCUUGGCUGUUGAUAUAAGCAUAAAGAGAUGACCCCAGACAUAACCCUUGAUUUCUAGGAGGAAACAUAAAAUGAUCAGAGUUGGGACUUUGAAACCAAUGUCCAGCUCUCUCCUGCAACUCUUCAACUCAGUCUAAAAACCAAGACAGGCUGAAUUUUGUUCUAAAGGGAGACCCCACUUUGGGCUGAUGCAGAAGGUCCAGUCGAUAAACCGAUGAAAGCGUCGGUUUAUUCUCAUUGAUGGAUGUCAAUGGCAAUCCGAUGCAAAUUCUUAAUUGAGCCCAAUUGGCCUUCUUGUUCGCGGUUCUGCCCUCCAAGAGAAAUGCAUCAUGAGUCAGACGUGAUAUAGUUUAUGGCCUUUUAUAUUUUAUCUGAGGCACAUUGUGUCUUUUGCUGCACGCAAAUCAAACCUUUCUUUCUCUUC